UAUUUUUAUUUUAACUAGCCGUUUCAUUUGAAUAAAGAGAGAGAUUGAGUGUAUCUGAUUUUUGUGUGUUAUUUUUUCAUUAUAUAUAUUUUUAACCAGACAAAUACCCAUCAUUUUCUCACAUUACCCCCAUUUCUCCUCCUUUUCAUUUGUUCUAUAUAAUCAAGAUUCAAUCUUGGGAGCUUUUACUUUAUUGGGUAACCGAAAAGAUUCAUUUUUUCUUUUCCAUUCUUGAUUUGGGUUUUUGCUGUAAUCAAGAAUAAGAAAUGGCUAUCACUGAUGAGAACAAAUCUACCAUGAUCAAGAACUCAAAUGGUCAAGUUAAAGGUAAGGGUGAUAUGGGCACCAGAAAGUUUGGUGGAGUGGAAACAAGAACCAACAGAAGGGUUUUGGGCACGAUUAAUCAGAAUUUGGUUGGUGGUAAUGGAUAUCCUUGUGUUGUUAACAAGAGAGGCUUAUCUGAUGCUAACGGAAUCGCCGGCAAGAAUCUUCCUGUUCGUGCUCAUCGACCCAUCACCAGGGGUUUUGCUGCCCAAGUUGCUAACUCCCAGCAACGUUGCACAGAGGAGAACAAGAAACCAAAGAUAGCAACUGAAACAUUCAGUGUAUGGGAGGAUAUCCCUCUCACAGAUGUGGAGGAAAAUGAAGCAGCCAAAGAUCAGCCUGUCCCUAUGUCACUGGAAAAAACUGAAACUGUCGUGUCAGAUGACAAGGAUCAAAUGGAGGUAGAAAUGGAGGAUAUAUUUUCGGAGGAUGUGAUAGAUAUCGAUGGUGCCGAUGCAAAGAACCCAUUUGCAGCUGUUGAGUAUGUGGACGAUUUGUUUGCUAACUACAGAAAAAUGGAGGUUUAUGGUUGUGCUUCCCCAAGCUAUAUGGCACAACAGGUUGACAUCAACGAGAGAAUGAGAUCUAUCCUAAUUGACUGGUUAAUUGAGGUGCAUCACAAGUUUGAGCUCAGGGAAGAGACGUUGUUCUUGACUGUCAAUUUGAUAGACCGAUUCUUGGAGAAGCAAGCUGUUAUUAGAAAGAAGCUGCAGCUUGUUGGUUUGGUUGCGAUGCUACUAGCAUGCAAAUACGAGGAAAUUUCUGCUCCAUUGGUGGAAGAUUUGGUGUUGAUUUCGGACAAAGCCUAUACAAGGAAGGAGAUUCUUGAAAUGGAAAGAGUGAUGCUAAACACGCUGCAGUUCAACAUGUCGGUUCCAACUGCAUAUGUUUUUAUGAAAAGAUAUCUUAAGGCUGCUCAAUGUGAUAUGAAGCUUGAGCUGCUGUCUUUCAUGUUGGUUGAGCUUUGCCUUGUGGAAUAUGAAAUGCUCAAGUUUCCGCCAUCCUUCCUAGCUGCUGCCGCAAUCUAUACAGCUCAGAGCACGCUCUAUGGCGUCCAGCAAUGGAGCAAGACAUGCGAGUUGCAUACAAGUUACUCGGAAGAUCAACUUUUGGAGUGCUCGAGAUCGAUUGUUGGCUAUCACCAGAAGGCAGCAACUGGAAGACUAACAGGAGUACAUAGGAAGUACUGCAUCUCGAAAUUUGGUUAUGCAGCAAAGUGUGAGCCUGCCCAUUUUCUUGUGCAGACCCAACAAUAGAGGAGAGAAGGGGGGGCAGGGCAUGUACAGUUAUUACUAACUUACAAUGCAAUUAUAUUGGGGUAAUGGAGAAUUAUAGGAAAAGUUAACAUUAGCAACUAUGGUUGCCCCGGGGAAUUUCAUUAUUUCUUUUGAAAGUGUUCAUUGUUAUUGAACUUAUUAACCAUGUUCAAGAUUUGAACAUGCCUGCAUUUCAGUUUCAGUUCCAUUUUUACAAACAAUAAAUAUUCAAACUUUUCACAAUUUUCUC